GGAGGUGAGGAGUAUAAAGGCUGAGGAAGCGGAAGGAGUGAAGCAUUCCUACAAGGAUCUCCCUCCAGAUAGGAUAUCAACCAUGAAGGCCUCCCUUGUCUUGUUUGCUGUUACCGUUGCAACUGCACAGCCGCAGUUCAACGAGAGGCGUGAAUUCAACACAGCCGUCCGACUUGCUAGUCCUGGAUUCUUCCAGCAAGGAGGUUCUUUAGCAAGUCGAUCAUCCUUUAACAGCAACUCCAACCAACAGCGACAGUCUUUCUCCACUUCUGGAAACAACAACUUCCAGGACCAAAACAAUAACUUCCAGUCUACCUCUUUUGGCAGUGACAGGAAUUUAGGUAGUGCUCAGUCUUUCCAGAACAACAACCAGUUCCAGAGUGGUCAGUCUCAGCAAAAUCAACAAAAUACUUUUGCUUCGAAUUCCCUCCAGCAGAAUAGAGGAAACCAAUUCCAGUCUACCAACACCGACAAUAAUUUCCCCCAGAACCAAUUCCAGAAUUCUCAGGCCCAGCAAAAUUCCCAGAACCAGUUCCAGACAUCCUUUGAAAGUGACAAUUCCAGGAACAGAAUCACAUUGCUGGAAAAUGUUCAGCUAACUCCAUCUACUCGUUUCCAGACUACUUCUGGACAGCAGCCAUCUGGAAUAGCUUUUUUGCAGUCUAACAGAAACCAGCAGAACUCAGGUGACCAAUUCCAGGGGUCAAACUCUGCAAGCAACUUCCGUUCUAAUGACAACAACAGAUUCUCCACUGGAAGUCAGUCUCAGUCCAGUGCUCAGUUCAGAUCCGGUUCCUCUUCCUCCAGUGAAUUUGACGGUGUUUUCGAACCCCUGAACCUUCCCUCUGGAGCCAGUGCCAUCCUCGGAAGCAUCUCCACUUCCUUCAGCUGCGUCGAGAGGCCUUAUGGCUACUAUGCUGACCAAGACAACUCCUGCCGUGUCUUCCACAUCUGCAAUCCUUAUCUCUUCUCUGAUGGAGAGGUUCAGACUUAUCAGUACAGCUUCAUGUGCGGCGAGGGCACCAUCUUUGACCAGAACGAGAUGACCUGCAAGGCAGAGUAUGAUGCAACACCGUGCCAGGAAGCCCAGAACUUCUAUUUCAGGAACGAAGAAUUCGGUCUCCCUGAAGAGAAAUCUCUCUAAGAUGCCACGACAAUACGAUCCCUUGUGAACCUGAUUUGUCAUAUAUGAAUUUGGAUGGAGUCCGUCAUCUACCUGAAAAAACUCUGGCUAAAAAAAAUAUUUUGCAUAUCUAAAACAUUUCAUGUAAAAUAAAUGUCAGAAUCAAA